AAUGGAGGCUCCUGGUUUGAGUCUCUUCCAGGGUUCUGACAGUAUACAUAUUAGUGGUGGAGGCCAACGACAGGAGGAAGAGGAGGAACAGGAGGACCUGAGGCGACGUAACGAGGAGUUGAAGAAUAUACUGACAAAUGCCUUUGAUGGAUAUGAGGAUGAAGACGAUGUUAGUUCAGUAAACAGCAGUCACAACUACACAGAUGCAUCGCGAGGUGUGGACAGUAUAAUAGACAAGAGUUCGAUUCAUGAGAGGGAGGAGAAAGGUCCAACUGUGUCGCAGUAUCAAAAUGAGUUUGGUGUUUAUGGACAGCGUGAUACAAGUUCCCUUCCCUCUCGCGAUGGUGAUAAGGGGCCAACAGUCUCUGAUAUGCAGAGAGAGUACGGAGUUUAUGGUUCUCUAUCAACUCCACACAACAAUAAUAAGGAUAACAAGUCCUUGAAUUCGGUGGGUCAUAGCCCUUAUGAAUUGCCAAGACCUCCUAGCCUGACGAAUCCAGCCUCGUACCCUCAUGAUCUCAGAGCCCAAAUUAACGAUGGCUACACAUUGCUGGAGAAUUAUCCGUACAAUUACCAGACACCUUCCAAUCAUUACGAUGGAGUCAAACAAAAUUACCAGAAUAAUGGAUAUAUUAGGCCUUAUGAGAACAAUAUUGCACCCAGGGACUCGAGGGAGUAUAGUGGUUGUGAUAAUGAAGUUGAUUCUGAACAUCACAAUCACUGCUACAAAUCCAGUCCCAAUGGAUGUGCAAUUAACGAUACUAAUGCGUACAAAAGGGCUGAGUACAACAGCAAAGAACAACUCGAGGUUUUGUACUCAGUCAGGAUGAGGGAGAUUCAGCAGCUCACUGAAAAACUCCAGCAAUUACAUGUGGAGAAGGAGGAGGAGAAGGAUCAGUUGAUGAGAAAGUUGGCGCUGGCACAGGCGGAGAUCGAACGAUCUAAUCUGUCGAGAAACCAAGCCCAAAAUUCACUAGUUGAUGCUAAAGCUCAAAUUAUUGAGCUGCAGGGUCAGGUGGCUGAAUUUCAAGAGAAAACUGCUGUUAUGGAGAAGACGAAUCAAAAUGUUACUGAGGAUAUGUCAGUGGCGAGAAGCUCAGUGGUAGAAUUGCAGCAGAAGAUCAGUGUUCUUGAGAGGGUGCAGACACUACAGGCUAAUGAUAAGACGCAUGAGAAAAUGUUGAAGCAAGCGCAAGAGAAACAUGUUCUUGAGAUCAGAAAUAUGCAGACGCAGAUUGAUAUGCUUACAGAUAAACUGAAUGCCAAGGAAUCUUCAUACGUUACUUUGGAGCACAAACUAGCUGAUGUACGUAGAGCCCACGAAACACUCAUUGUGGAAAAGGGCGACGCAAUGAAUCGUUUGGCUGAGGCUCUUGAAAUAAGUCAGACUCAAUGCAGGAAUCUCAUGGCUUCAAAUGACGCUCAGGAGAACAUACAGCUUCAGAGUAAAGUAAAUUUACUGUCUCAGGAGAAAGAGGAAUUGCGAAAAAUGAUUCAAGAUUUACAGCAUAAACUAGAAGUGGCUAAGUCAGACGCUCAUCACUACGAAUCUCUCUUAACGACGACAAUGGAAGAAGGAUCUGACUCAAUUCGUCAAAUGAAACUCGGUGAAUUUCACAACAAAUCUCGAGGGAAUGACGACAUAACGAAUAAAUUGCAGGGUGAGCUUCAGCGUUGCAUAUCAGGUCAAGCUGUUAAACGAAAAGAAAUUGGACGUCUUGAGAACACCAUAGCUCAGCAAAACAAGGAGCUAGAGAAAGCUCAAACUCUGGCAAAAACCUGUCAACAAGAGGCAGCACGUUAUGCAAAACGAGUCAACGAGCUGGAGCAAGAAUUAAAAUCGUUACUGACAGAGCACACAAUCAAAGCAAACUCCCAAAUUCAACGAUUAUCAGACCAAUUGACGGAUAUGAAGAGUAAAAAUGACACUCUUCGUCGAGACAAAGAUAAAUUAGAACAGAAAUUAGAGGAAACUCUAGCACAUCAAGAAGAGACUUUGGAAAAAAUUAAUCAGGAGACUCUUCAGCAACGAGAAAAUCAAAUGAUUGACGAAUAUAAUAAAGAGUACCUCGAAAUGCAUGACAAAGCUAUUGAGAGACUCCGACAAGAGGCUCAGGACGAUAUCCUUCAGUUGACAGUUCAACUGGAGCAAACACAAAAAGAACUAAAUCGAGUGAAAGAAAUGUACAUAGACGUGUGUGGAAGUAAAGAGCAAUUGAUCAACGAUCAUCGAAAUGAGAUCCAAGAAUUGAAAACAACUUACGCCAAAUUCGAGGCUCAAAAAGCUGAAUUGGAAAGAACAAAGCGAGAAUGUGAGGUCCAAAUAAAAAUCACGGCGAGGCUAACACUGGAGUGUGAAGCACAUAAAAAUAAAAUAAUAGAAUUAGAAAAAGAUCUGAGCAGUGAAAGAAAACAUCGAGUUGAGUAUCGUAAAAAGAUUGAUGCUGAAAUUGAAAGGGCAAAAGAUGAAGCUCUGGCUGAACUUAGAAGUGCCCAUCCAAAUCACCAAAUAAGUGUCCUUUUCCCUGAUCACUGUACAGAGCAUUCAGAGAGAAUUGCCGAACUCGAGGAGGACUGCAAACGUCUGGAGAAGAAGUUGUCAAGUGCUGUUGAGGAACAGAGAAAGCUUCUUGAACUCCAGAGUGAACUGGAAAAUGCAAAGAUUAAAAUAGCGCAAAUGGAAAUUGCCCAUGAAACUCUAAAGCAGAAAUGUGAGUCCGUUAAAAAGGAAAAUCAAGAUCUAUCGCUGAAACUCGCAAAAUCCGACCAGGAACUAUCGACCUCACGAGCUAAUAAAUCAGAUGAUCCUAAUUUUCACAAUUAUUCCAUUAAGAUUCAGAUGGAAAAUGAGACAUUGAAGGAUAAGUGUGACUGCUUACUGAAGGAAAAGAUGGAGUACAAAAAACGAUUAUCAGAAAUGCAGAUGCAUCUCAAUGAGAGCAAGAAGAUGAUAGCCCAAGGGGAGCAUAAUAUUAGUCGACAGAACGACAGCCUAUCAAAUACUCGAAACGAUCUGGAGAAGGAGUUAAAUCAGUAUAAAGAUUUUGUUAAAAAAUUAACAGAUCAAUUGAACAGUCCUAGUGAUGUUAAGAAGAGGGACAUGUACCUGGAUGUCAGGGUAAAGCAGCUGGAGUUGGAGCUUCAGGAGAAAGAUGCUCAGUUGCAGAGAUUAAAGGAGUUGGAUAAGAUUAAAGCUGAAAGGGACCAGUUAGUGACAAAACUAAAAACUCAAGCAAUGCAUUUUGAGCAAUAUGUGAAGAGUCAGAGGCAAGUGUCGGCUGAAUUGAAUCUUUCUCCUCGAAGUCUGCAGGAUGUAGUUGAUUUUCAGAAGCUUCAGGAAAUUCCGAACGAGGAGAUACACCCGAAAGCCGAUGAGUUGAGAAUGAUCGAGGAUCAGCAUAGAGAGAAGCAGAGACAUAUUGAAGAGAAGUAUAAAUCAGUGUUAAUUGACUUGAAUAAACGUUAUGAUGAAAAAACAAAGGAGUUAGAGGCCGCGAAAGAAGCGAUAAUGGCGGAGAAGUUGAGGCUACAUAAUUCGUUCAAAGAACAGAAACAGUUGGUGGGACAGGUGAUUGAGGCAAAGCUAGAGGGAUAUAGACAGGAGCUUGUUGCAAGAAAAUUAAAAAUCGAGGAGUUGCAGACGGAGUUGAAAAAAAAGGAAAUGGAUAUGGAGGAGGAAAAAAAUUACAUGGCUCAGAUGAUGGCACAAUGGGCUGCUGAGAUCGAAGGGAGCAAGAGAAAGGAGAAAAAAAUGCAAGAGGAUAUUGACAGGCUGCAGCAAAUGGAGAACACGUUGCGGGAGGAAGUUAAAGGGCUGCAGAUCAAGGAAAAGAAGUUUAAAGAGAGCUUUGAUACAUUAAAACACAAGUAUCAAGUAGCGAAAACUACUGCUCAAAAUUACAGGGAAUAUGCUGCUAAGGAAAAAGAAUUUUAUUCUCUCGAAUGCAAACGCAUCGACGAGGGAUACAAAGAGGCCAUAUGUCGAGUACAACAGAACUUUUAUGAUAUUCUUGAAGCACAGGAAAAAGAGGCGAAAAAAACAAUUGAACAGGUAGAAAAAGAUCAUGAGGAGCAACUGCAAAAAUUGCGACAAAAAAAGAAGUACAAAGAAAAAAGUUGAAGUACGUAUUGACUAAUAAUUUCAUUCAUAUAUUUAAUAAAAUUCCACUUAGUUUGCAAUAUAGUUUUUAAAGGCCCAUUCAGAUAUGAAAUUAAUAGAGGCUGGUUUUAUUAUAUAAUGGUUUGAACAAAUGAGAUGAAAUGCACUUUAUUGUACAACACAUAUUUAGUUUUAAAGUGACCAAUAAUGUUCAUGGAAAUAUUCGCGUCAUGUUGAGAAUUUUAUUAUCUUUAACGUUAAUUAGAAUUUUCGAAUAAUUAAAUUUUAGAUAUCAGAGAAUAGUUUAUUAAUAUAGAAUAUGACAUUAAGUUGCCAAUGUGGGGCCAAACUCACAGUACACACGUUUCACAUGAGUAAUCAAAUGCGUUGAAAAUUUAAUGAAAUCCGUCUUUUUCCACCCGGUCGAGAAAUCUAGUUUUAUGAAUUUAACAGUUUUAUUUUAGAUUUUUUAAAUACUAGUUAAAUCCACAAUGCUUGCCAAAUUACUACCUUUUUUGUGGUUAAAAAUAGUAAGUUUUCAUGCACAAAACGUUUUCAGUAUUGCUUUCAAAGAGGCCUCAAUAACCCGAGGACGGUUUAGCAGCCUUUAUGAUUGAACAGUAUCAAAUUUUCUCGAGUGAGGGGAUAAGAUGUUCUAUAUUGAAGUGGCUAAAUGUAAUAAGCCAUACAUGACAUUGUUAUUGAUAGUACAAUUAUCUUAAAUUUCAUUGAGCUUAAUCUAAAUUAUCAGCUGACCAUGUUUGUAGCACAGACAAGUUUUCCGAAAACAACUCGAUAUUUUGUUCUGAAGUCAUUCGUUAGCCGAAUAAUUCUGAAGUUAACAGGAACAGAUGAGCCGACUCAUUUCAGUUUACCAGUUUCAUAACAAAUUGAAAGUGAAAUUUCUAUGAUUAAUUGUAUUGUAUACUUUUACAAUACAAUAUAUUGUACAAUUUCCUUAGUUUUCAUCUUCUGUACAGAAUCUAAGUACAAUGUGCAAGUUUAAGCAGCCAUACAUUAGAAAAUAUCAUAAUAUAUUAGAAGCAGGACUGAUAGAGUAUGAUAGAAACAUCCCUGAGGACCGGUUGAACCAAAUCUUAUUAGUUAUUUAAACCAUGGGAUGAAUUCAUUCCGGUGUGAACUUUACGGCGUAAUCGAUCGUUAUCUGGCGGUUUAUUCAAUGAAGCUGGUGCGACCGGGCCUGAGGUUUUUUUAUUAUAGAGAACCAAAAGUUGAGUGAAAUUAUUAAUUGUAGUGAUGGUUCGCAUUAUUUAAACAUGAAGAAGGGCAUAAGUUUUCCGUAUACUUUGAUACCUUUAGACACAUAGUAAUUCCUUCAUUAAUCGCGUUUAUGUAAUUCAAGCUCUCUAGUAACUGUAUCAAAUAAUCGGUUCGUACAAUUCAUAUUUUGUGUUUUUUAGUGCAGAAUAUCCAAUCUACUCUCAUAAUACUUUCAUAAUAUAUAAAUUAGAAAGCAACAAAAUUGUAAUUUUCAUCCUACUGGGCCCAAUUUUCAAUGUCAGAUUUUCAAGUUAACGAUGACAUUUUAGAUGAUUUAAAAUUGAAAGAAAAACAAACGCAAAAAUUUUACUGACGAAUUUUAUAUUGUAAUAAUGAAUAAAUCAUCACUGAAUAGAGAGUAUUAUUAAUAUUAAUCGUCAAUGUAUUUUUGUAUUUAAUGUAAAUUAAUUUAUUUUUUGUAAUAAAGAUUUUAUGUCAUCUUUUAAGGAUUAAUUAAGUUUUGCGAGUUUUUCUAUUUUAUCAUUGAGAACUCAAAAUAUCCGAGAUAUUAUCAAAUAUUAUGAAUAUAGAUAGCUCUAUAUCGAUAAAGUAGUAUCCCGUCAUGUGAUGUCUGCAAUUGAUUGUCAAAGUUUUUAAUUAAUUAGAUUGUUCACUCUCCGGAAUUCGAUGAGCCGAUCGAUUUACUAGAAAUUGAGGCUCAGCCAUUGACUCAUUUGAGAUGGAAUAUCUCAUGUGUAUUAAUAUAAUGUUAUUCAAAGUGUUGUUUUGGCCACGUUUGAUCCCAAUAAAAAGAAAUCGAAGUA